GAGGAGGCGGGCCUUGUUGCCUUGGCAACAGUCGGGUAACGCUGAGCAGCCGCCGCAGCAGCCAAUAGAAGCGGGGGGCGGGGCCAGCCGAGUCCAGCGCUGCCACGGUGGGGGCUCGCAGGUGCGCGAUCUUGCUGGCCCCCAGCGCCUGAGAAGCAUGAAGCUCCUAUGCUUGGUGGCGGUGGUCGCGAGUCUGCUGGUGCCCCCAGCCCAAGCCAACAAGAGUUCUGAAGACAUCCGGUGCAAGUGCACCUGUCCGCCAUAUAGAAACAUCAGCGGACACAUUUACAACCAGAAUGUGUCACAGAAAGACUGCAACUGCCUGCACGUGGUGGAGCCCAUGCCAGUGCCCGGCCAUGACGUGGAGGCCUACUGCCUGCUAUGCGAGUGCAAGUAUGAGGAGCGGAGCACCACCACCAUCAAGGUCAUCAUCGUCAUCUACCUGUCGGUGGUGGGUGCCCUCCUGCUCUACAUGGCCUUUCUGAUGCUGGUGGACCCUCUGAUUCGAAAGCCGGAUGCCUACACUGAGCGACUGCACAACGAGGAGGAGAAUGAGGACACUCGUUCUGCGGUGGCCUCGGCCUCCUUCGGGCCCCGGGCGAACACAGUCCUGGAGCGUGUGGAGGGCGCUCAACAGCGGUGGAAGCUGCAGGUGCAGGAGCAGCGCAAGACGGUCUUCGAUCGGCACAAGAUGCUCAGCUAGACGGCGGUGCAGCCAGGUCACCGGGGUGUGGCCAGGUCACGGUCACAGCAAGGACCGCAGGCCGCAGCGGCCCGCCUCCCGGCUGGGCGGAGCCAGGGCCUCUCCUUCCCCUCGGGGCCGCCUUCCCUUUAAAAGGGGCUUCCCUUCAAAAGCCCCAGACAUUUUUCCUUCUCCUUCUCUUUAGAAAUGUCAUGCUUGGCUGGUUAGUUCAGGAAGAAUGAGGGUCCAUGGUCCCUGGUUUGCCUGCUCAGGUGGUCUUUGGGUGGAGGGAAGGGGACGACAGGGCAGGAGGGGCUGGGGGGCGGUCUCAGGACAGGAGCUUCCCCCUGCCACCAUCCCAGCUCAGCCUCACCCUCGCCCUCAGGACGGCCCCGUGGGGUCACACCUGGACACCGUUCCAUGCCCUCGCCUACUCCGCCGCCUGGCCCUGGCUCCACUCCAGAAGCCGGGUGGCGCCCCCGCCCCCGCGCCGGCCUGCAGUUGCCGGGCCUGGCGGGCCCCGAGGCUGUGCUCUGAGCACCUGGGUCCUGCUCUCAGAUCACCACCUGUCCUUGAGCUUCCUUGUACCAGUGCGCGGAGAAAGGUCAUCCUCGCCUUGUCUGUAAAUCAAGGAGGCACCAUUAAACUGUCAUUCUUCUCAC